CAUUGAGAGAUACGACAAAAUAUGCAUGGAGUAGUAGUUGGUUGCUAUAAUUACUGUACGUUAUAUGUAAGCAGAAUUGUCUGUUAAAAUGCAGUGAAUACACAAAAAUUGUUGUCAACAAAGCUACUUCCUGUCUACACACGUAAUAAAACCAUCGCUCCGAUUGGUCGAUUUGGUCUUGUUUUUCAAACACUACGGCGGCGCUUUAUGUGCCCAGACACAUCUUUUACACAAAUGAACAAAUUCUAUUAGAAAUUGAACAUGGGGUACUAGCUAUGUAGCAAUACUUGCCUCAGGCUGGACUUUGUGUUCUUUGCUUAUUCGAAUCGCAUGAGGAGCCGUUGUGAGGGAAGCGGGUGCUAAGUUCGGGAUUUGUCGCGUUGUGUAUUGUAUCUUGGAGGCUGUGACAACAAAUCGACUCACCCUGGGGCUUAUCUGUAGCGGAAUGGAAAAUGUCGAAUCUUGGGAAAAAUGACAGACCUUCCCAGUUUCACCAACCAUUAAGAACUAUUGCCACAAGUAACACGAUUCAGAAUUUAUUUUUACGAGAAAAGGCAAAGAUGAAUUCUCCAAUGUCAAAUCUGGCUUUGAACUUGAGUGAACUAAGUACUGGAAGAGGAACCCCCAGAAGAAAGUUGUCUCUGUCCAGUAUAGAUACACCACCAACAUGUGCAUCAGCCAAUCAGGAGCAGGCCAGCUCCUCAGAAUCAGGGUGUUUUGUGGAUUCCCCCACCCUUGUGGACUCUCCCACACUGGAAAUGAGUUUGAACCGAUUUGCCAAAACAGUGAAGCCUGAGAUCCCAGUAGAAGCAUUUACAAGGAAGAAGACCAUAUCCUUCAGAAGAAUCCAGUCCAUGCCUCUUCCCAUGAUGCGACUCAGCCCUGUAGAUUUCAUGGACAAGGAGAACGACUGUACCGUGUCCCCACCCACAACAUCAGCCUCCCCAGUGGUGAGCCCCUCAGAGGUGUCCCCUCCCAUUCCCUCCGCUAGAUCUCCUCAGAUGUCGACUCUCAGCAAACCCAAGUUUUACCUGGACGAGAACAGUUCCCAGGACAGUGGAGUGUGCCUCACAGACAGGGAGGAGGAUUCACAUGAUGAGUUCCUCUUUGUGGCCCCUAAAGGUGUACCCAGGCGUAACAAGGUGAUGAAGAUCAUCAGCGAGGACACCUGCUCCCCCCUCAAGUACUCCCCCGUAAAGAGCAGCCCCGAACCCACCAGACGCAGGGCCUCAGCCACAGGACUGGAUUUCACCAGUAUCUCCCUGACCCCACAAGACGAGUCCAGCAGUCCGCUGAAGACCAACCUCUUCCUGAACGAUGAGGAGGAGGAGGUGAAGGAAAUGGACGACGGCUUCCUGGACAGCUUCAUGGACCAGGAAGUGGCAGAGAUUAACGACAAUGUUCCCAGCAGCCUGUGUCAGCUUUUUAGUGCACCUGUCCUCAACUCCACGGCCCUCUGUACAGAUGACACAGACAGUGAAACUCCCAUUAUUCGGCGUACACAGAGACGAAUGCUUCAGAGAUCUCAGUCCACGCUCGACUUCAAAUGUAGACGAUUAUCAUCCAAGCGUGACCGAGACGAGAACACACCCAUCCAGAGCAAGAGGAGGCGGCCUGUGUCCACGGAAAUCACCAGUCCACUGCAGAACUUGAAACCAAAGCUCCACAGAUGUCACUCAGAGUCGGAGGCAAUGAUUAAAUCUGCCCUCAACAGAAUCGCUGAUGAGCCUGACCUGAUAGGAGACUGCUCUAAGGCCUACUGUCUGCCUACAUUCCCAGGAAAACACUCGGACCUGAAGGCCAUUUCAUCAGAAACUCUGUCGCAGGUUAUCACUGGGGAGUAUGAUCACGUGAUUGAGCAGGCUAUUGUCAUCGACUGCCGUUAUCCUUAUGAGUACGAGGGUGGACACAUUAGGGGGGCCCAGAAUAUCUACACAAAGGAGGGGAUCCUGGAGAAGUUCCUGACUACCCCCGUGACGACCCAGAACCCCGACAAAAGGAACAUCCUCAUCUUCCACUGCGAAUUCUCAUCAGAGAGAGGACCUAACCUGAGCCGAUUUCUGAGGAAGUUUGACAGAGACUCCAACAAGGACUGCUACCCCCACUUGCACUACCCAGAGCUCUACAUCCUGGAGGGCGGCUACAAGAACUUCUACGAAAAUCAGAAGUCCCUCUGUGAGCCUCAGUCGUACAAGCCCAUGCUACACAAGGACCAUUCCGAGGAUCUGCGACAUUUCCGACUCAAGUCCAAGUCCUGGGCCGGAGAGAAGACCAAUCGUCCGGGAUUCCGUCCACUCAAGAUCUAAGCCAUCCCAUCAUGCAUCAGCUGCCAUUGUUCUGUCUCCAUUAUUGACUGUUUUUGUUUUUUUAUUUGUUUUUAUUUUUUAUUGUCUAUUUUAGCUGUUAUCUGUUCUUUCUUACUAUCGAUCUGUUAUGUAUACUUAAGACUUUAUACAGAAGAAAAAAAAAACGAAAAAGAAGAGUGUCAUCACUCUUAAGAAGAAUUUAAUGAUUCCAAAUAUUGAUUAUGUGUGCGAUGAUAUCAUUGGCGGCCUUAAGUGCUUAUUCUAUCUACUGUCAGAUGUAACUGCCCCAUUGUAAAUAGGUAUUAUUACAUCUGUACAAAGCUGUACAAAAGUUGGGCUCUAUACAGGGGUCAAUGAAUGUUGAUACAAGUUAUAUGUGUAAAUACGACCCCCGCUUUGUUACCUUACGCUGUAUAGUCCUAUUAUCACUAUCAUGACUUUUGAGUGCAGCUGAUCUGAUUUUUUUGUGUGUCUGUGAUUGUGUGAUGUGUAUAUUUAUGUUUGUGUAAGUGAACUAUAACAGAGUAUGUGGAUUUGUAUUUAUUUUUCCGUAAAAUGUGUGAUUUAUAUUAAGAGUCUUCAUAUUUUUUUGUAAUAAAGUUAUCUACUGGAAUUUUUACUUUACAACAACACAAAUGAUUAAAACUGUUAAAAGAAAAAAAUUUUUGAAGAGAUAAUACUUAGAAAAGAGAAAGAAUUAGAGUCAACAAAAUUUGUAAAAGAAAUUAAAUCACAAGUUUUUUUGUAUAAGAGGAGAGACGAUGAGUUAUGUGUGAAUGGUUGGUAAAUAUGGAGAAUGAUGUAUAAAAGUAACCUGUUUUACGUAGUGCUUUGAGUCAGUGCUGAUUAUUUAAGGGUCAUGAUAAUGAUUGUACAUACUGUGUACAGUGUACAGAUUGAGAUAUACGAGAUGUACAGAGAUAUAUUUAUUUACAGAACCAAAUCUAUUUAUCUUAAACCUUUGCUUCAAGCAAUCAGUAAUGAGUGGAAUGGUUAGAAUGAGAAGGCAGAAGUAGAGAGAAAUUGGUUCAGUUGUGCAUUAGUCUUUUAAAAAAAAAAAGGUUUAAUUUUUGGACAUAUAAUCUUUGGCAAGAGAAGUUAAGACGUAUAUCUAUGGGUAGAAAUGUUGAUUGUAGUUGUGUGAAGUGUAUCUGACUAUAGGCAUCUGUUUUAAAUUGGAAUACUCCUUGGAAGUCAUCAGUUGCUGAAUGAAAACAAGUUGUAAAAUCUUUCAACAAAACAAUGAGUAGGUCUUUGAUGUUGGAUUUUUCAUAUGAUCAGAAGUUCUUGGAAAGUAUGUGUGAUUACUGUGGUUUAGCUGGGAUUCUGAUUUUAAAUGGCUUUUAUUUGUGCUGUGUAUCUGUUGUGUAUAUUUUCUCGCGAAAUUCACUUAAAUUAUUGGUAUUUAUUCUGUGUGAAUAGUUUUAGUAGGCUAAAAUGUAGUAUCGUAGUGGAUUUUAGAUUAGUUUAGCUGUGUUUUAUCCCUGGUGUUUAUUAGGCUGAUGGCUGUUGUAGAAAUUAAUUUUAUCGGUGUCUAACUUGGAAGAUGGUAAGCAUUUUACUUGAAGAGGAGUUUUAGCAGUAUUGUGGUUUUAUGAGUAGGAAAGAGGUUGAUUUUAAAUGUUGAGGUGGUACCUGGGUGUAUGUUGGGUUUCUGGUGGUGCCAUGCAGGGUGGAGUCUCAUUAUAAAUGUGGCUUCCUUCUGACUUGUGAUUGACUUGUGAUGAAGGUGGUGCAAUACACACAUAGAAGUAGGUCUCACAGAGAUUGAACACCACAGAGUCUAUUUUAUCACAGAGUUUUAUCAGAGAUUAGUUAGGAGCGGUUAGUGUUUGUCUGGACAUUUCUCAAACUUCAAGGUCCGAGAGAGAGAGAGAAAUAAAGUAUAACUACCAUUACAAUAGCUUGUUUUGUUAUAUAUUUUAAUGCCAAUACAUUAUAUCUAGCUCAUAUUAUAGUAAUAUCUGACAGAUUAUCUGUAAUAAAAAUUUUAUCAGUCUU